AUGCCUAGCGAAGUCUCAGAUAUCAAGCAGUUCAUCGAGAUCUGCAGACGGAAGGAUGCCUCUUCCGCCCGCAUCAAGCGCAACCGCAAGACCUCCCAGAUCAAGUUCAAGGUCCGAUGCCAACGAUUCAUCUACACCCUAGUCCUGAAGGAUUCGGACAAGGCAGACAAGCUCAAGCAAAGUCUACCUCCCUCUCUCAAAAUAGCCGAUGUCUCCAAGGGCAAGAAGAAGUCCACGUAA